AUGCUAGCAAACGUCAUGUCCACCCCGUACCCUGCAGACUUCCAAUCGAAUGCAAGUCUGAAGCAGAACAUCACAUCGGUCGAUUCAGAGAACUGGAUCCAAAUCUUUGCUUUAGCAUUGAAAGGAUCAAUAUUUGGAACGAUCAUCAUUAGUGCUGUCUUGGGCAAUGCCUUAGUCAUCAUCUCUGUGCACAGAAAUAGGAAAUUGAGAGUGAUCACUAAUUAUUAUGUUGUCAGUCUAGCGAUGGCUGAUAUGUUGGUUGCUCUAUGUGCUAUGACUUUCAAUGCGUCAGUGGAACUGAGUGGUAGAUGGCUGUUUGGGUAUUUUAUGUGUGAUGUAUGGAAUUCCUUGGAUGUAUACUUUUCGACAGCAUCCAUUUUGCAUCUUUGUUGCAUAUCAGUGGAUAGAUACUAUGCUAUAGUACGUCCUUUGGAAUAUCCAAUAACGAUGACCCAUAGAACAGUUUGUUUCAUGUUGGCUAACGUUUGGUUUCUACCAGCUUUGAUUAGUUUUACACCAAUAUUUCUGGGGUGGUACACGACUACGGAUCACCAAUUGUACAGGCAGAAACAUCCUGAUAUUUGUAUAUUCGUAGUGAACAAGUAUUAUGCUAUAAUAUCAUCUUGCGUGUCGUUCUGGAUACCUGGUGUGGUGAUGAUUGUGAUGUAUUAUAAGAUUUACAAGGAAGCGAUAAGACAACGAAAGGCUUUAUCCAGGACUAGUUCAAAUAUAGUUUUAAACUCUGUCCAUCUUCAUCACACGAGACAUGCGAUGCACCAUUCCCACCAUAUGCACUAUUUGCACCCAAGUGACUGCGACAUUAACCUGACCAUCAAGCAGAUGGAAAACAGAAGAGAAAGCAGGAGUAGUAUGAGUGAGCUGGAUGUCCCAGGCAGGCGCAGGGAUGAUGACACAGUCCAGUGCGUGCUGGAAGUUUGCAAGAUCUGA